AUGUCUAUGUUUACAUUCGACCAUCCUACUUCUAGCCCCGCUUCCACCAUAACUCACAACUCCCCACCAACCACAAGUUCCACUACUCCUCCUUCAAUGUCUCUUUCGCCUUCUGCCUUUUCACCCUCGUCUCCCACUUCUUCCACCACUCCUCCCACUCCCACCACUCCCAUUGCUCCUUCCCACUUACCAUCCGACAAAUUCGCCCCUUUCUACACUCCAGAUCCACUCCCCUAUCAUCCUCUUCUCGACCUCCAACUGCCAGAAGGCCAUUACUAUUAUUUUCCUCCUAUACUGGCAUUCACCCCCUCUCCUAUAUCGAGCGCCGGUUUGUCAGACGAAAUUACGCACGGAGGAAUGCCGCCAACCGGAAUAUCUGGCGCCCUAUCUAACGGAAUUGCCAGCCAAAUCGCCAAUUCAAUUGCUAGCUCAAUCCCAAACUCAAUUGCUAAUUCAAUCCCACCAUUGAGUCCAAUCGAGACACCCGUUGAAUCACCACGCGAGGUCGACAGUCCAGAAAGCUGCACGGAGAUCGAUAUUAUCGAUGGGUUUACGAAUACAGGAAGCGAUUAUGCACAGGGUUUGGAUGUCAAGAUGGAGUUGGGCGUGGACAUGGACGAAGAUGUGGUAGAUGUUCCUAUGGGUCAAUUUGUCCAGUAUUCUCCACAAGCCACGACACCACUUACAUCCCCCCUUCAUUCUUGCUUCCCAACAUCACCGCUUCACACCGAUAGCAAUCCAUCCUUCAUGAGCCUAUUAACAUCGCCACCACUGCCGCACGAUAAAAACGAAGCCACUGCAGUAUUUUCUUUCGGUUCUAAGCCCGCUUACACACGUGAUUUCGCAAGGGGAUUUGAAGGCUUGAACGAAUAUGACAGAAGAAGAUCAUUCGACGAUGCAUUUCUCAGAAAACUUGAUUUGAAGAGAGAGAGGCAACGAUGGGAAGAAGACAGCGAAGAAACUAUGGAAAAGAGACGAAAAUCGCUGCCUAGUGAGUUUGGAAUGCGCAAGCCAUCUAAACCCAUAGCACCAUUUGCGUGCCCUCAUGAAAACUGUCCAAAGACAUUUACCCGCCAAUACAAUCUCAAGUCUCAUCUUCGUACUCACACCGAUGAGCGGCCAUUCGUAUGCAACUAUUCGGGUUGUCCUCGUGCCUUUGCUCGACAGCAUGAUCUGAAAAGACAUCAAAAAUUGCAUCUGGGUUUAAAACCACACGUUUGUCAGAAUUGCGGGCGCGCCUUUGCCAGAUUAGAUGCUCUAAACAGGCAUUUGAGAAGCGAUAACGCUACACAAUGUGCUCAAGCUAAUGUGAAUGGGGUCGGCAACGGAAAGUUCAAGACUGGUGGAAUGUAA